AUGUCGGCCGAUUUCUGGGCUGGCUAUCUAAGUGGUGCGGUUGGCAUCAUCAUUGGAAACCCUCUCGAUGUUAUCAAAGUACGACGGCAGGCGCAGCAAGUUAGUCCAGCAGCAGUCCUGCCUACUUGCUCGAUUCCUGCGAAGACAACAGUAGAAAAUCCUGCCAUUAGCCAAGCCACAUCAUUUGGCACUCGUCUCCUCAGAUCAUACACGUCUUUAGUAACUGGAACAGCGGCGCCAAUUCUCGGCUAUGGCGCCCUCAACGCUCUGCUUUUUGUUUCUUACAAUCGCACAGAAUCCGCAUUGAACAGCGUGUUCCUGACAUCAGGGAGCCUGUGGAAUACAUGGAUUGCUGGCGCUGUGGGAGGUCUUGCAACCUGGAUCGUCAGCACACCCACCGAGCUCAUCAAGUGUAGAGCUCAAUUGGCCUCCCCUCCCAUGUCAAGCCUGGCUAUAACGAAACAGAUCUGGAGGAAUCAAGGUGUUCGAGGACUCUACUUUGGCGGAGCGGUGACUGCUCUACGAGAUAGUAUAGGGUACGGCUUUUACUUCUGGUCUUAUGAGCUGAGCACUCGUUGGUUGGCCACUGAACCUGAGGAGCGCACUUCGUUUCAACAUGAAGCUGCCAAAGUUUUAUUCUGUGGAGGAUUGGCUGGUGUGGUAACAUGGGCCAGUGUCUUUCCUCUCGAUGUUAUCAAGACAAGGGUUCAGGUUCAGACGUUAAGCGAACUGAUCGAAACAUCACCUCUUUUGCGAACAAGCGGGCCUCUGCAGACCUCACGAGCGGGUGCCCUUCAAAUUGCACAAGAAGCGUAUAGGGAAGGGGGGGCACGUGUUUUCUUCCGAGGAUUGACUGUUUGUAGUGUUCGGGCCUUCAUCGUCAAUGCCGCUCAAUGGGCUGUUUAUGAAUGGGUCAUGCUCGAGCUUGGGCAUGGACGGAAACAAGCUUUGACUCAUGACUUGAGAGUAGAAAUGAUAUAG